AUGUCUGAACAAGCAAUAAUUGAUGAAGUUUGUAUGACACAACAAGGAGUUGACGUACCAUUUGAACAACAGGGAAUGAUUAGUAGUGACAAAUGUAGAGUUGCGAGGAACGAUGCAACGUUAGUAUUUCGACAAAUUGUAAACAAUAAAAUUGAGUUGAUAAAUAAUUUUAUGCUCAAAAAAAUUAAGUAUAUUGAAAUGGUUCAAACACCAAGCAAGGCGAAUAUUUCCAACAUUCGUCAAAGAGUUUCAGCAAGCAAAUCCUCAACUUCUACCUACAAGUCUGGUUACAUCCCAGUAACUGACAAUGGUAGCUCAGCUUCACUCCCCUCUGUGGUUGACCCAACAUCCAAAACCUUGGAUAACAACCAAGCUGGUUCUGAAAAGAACCUUGAUGCUAUUCUCAACGCCAUCACUUCUUUGGGUGAGAGAAUAAAGCAUCUCGAAGCUGUUCCUCCUGUUCUGCAACAAGCUAAUCAACUUGAUGAAGACCCUGAUGAGGAAUCCGCUGAUGAGGAUUUCACUGAAUGGAAGAAGAAUGCUCACUUCAAGGAUUUAAUAGAGCAUAAGUAUGCCGUAUCCAAUACUAAACAAGCCUUUACAUAUAUCGAACAAAGACUAAAGGCUUUAGGCUAUAUGGAAGACAAUAAUGAAAUGGUACAUGAUUAUUUGUAUUACAUGAUACAAGAUAUGUUGAUAGAAAAGAAAGAAGUUUUUAUUACAGAGAACAUUAUUACUCGAGAACACGAUAUUAAAUGUCUUCUCAACAAUUCAACACCAGACUUUGUAAUUAAGAGGGGAAAUGGAAGACAAAAAACACUCAUUAUUGACAUUUAUGUUGGUGAAAAGGAUAUUAAUGAAAUUAAAGGAAAGUAUAGAAAGCUCGAGCUGUUUGCUGAUUUUAAAAUAAUCACACCAGCCAAUUUCAGAAAAGAGCUGAAGAUUAUUUUUAAAGAUUCUGAUCUUGAUUAUCUUUACAAGAACUACCAAAUCUUUCUAGUUGAGUAUCAUUACUGGAAAGCUUGUAUGAAAUUAAAGAAGAUCCUAUUUAAUGAAGAGAAGAAUAUCGAAAUAAUAACAUUCUCUAAUGAUAGAGAUAAGUUUGAAGUUGACCAGUUACAGUAUGUAGAGACCUUAAAAAAUUAUGCUUCCAGUGUAUUAGCUCAAGAAGAUAUUUAA